UUGGCUUUGAGGUUAGAAACUCGGGUUCGCUGUUGAAAAGUGGAAUUUUCCGCAUUUUUGAACAAUUUUCUUGAUUUUCGUGAUGAUUUCGUGGUGAUAAGAGUAAAUAAGCAUCAGUAACAACUUUCGCCGUCGUUCCCGUUGGAAAGUAGUCCGGAAAAGUGUGAUUCGAAUCACCGUAAAAGAAGGUUUUGUGUCCAAAGUUAGUUUUUCAUCGAGAAAUUGAAAGUGCGUAAAUGUGAAAAUAUUCGUGGAAAUCGUGCAAGUAUCGUGCCGAAAAUGUUAAAAAUCGAAAGAUAAGUGAACAACGCGCACACCAAACCCAGCAGUAUUCUCAAGGGCGGCUUGGCAGAGAGCGAAAUUGUGCCUCGCAUUUUUCCAUCUCCGCGCGUCCGAACCGCGUCGUUCGCUGGUGUUCUCUCAGUCGGAACGCGGUUCUUUUUGUGCGAUUUUAUUAAGAUGGCCGAGGAUAACGUGAAAUCGCUCAGUGAAAUCACCGGCUUGAAGGAGGAACAAGCCACAAACUUGCUGGCGGCGUACAACGGUAAUCUGGAGGGGGCCAUAAAUGCGUUCUUCGAAAACCCCGAGGGCAUCUUGAAUCCGGAGCCGGCCGUCGUCAUCGAUGAUGAUAGCAGCAGUUCCGGACCGUCGGGAGCGGCUGCGGGAUCCGGUUCUGCCGCUUCGGCUUUCCUGCACGACGACGACAACGUUCGUGCUCCGAUACCGAGGAAGACGGAGAUUUUGCUGCCACAGAUAGAAACGAAUCGGGCACGGAUCGGCAAACGGAGGGCCGUCAUAACGGAGGUUCCGUUUCGCAACUUUGAACUGGAAGGUCGGAUUCAGGAGCAGAUGCUGCUCGAGGGUGAAGGCCCGUCUGCUAAAAAGAUUACGCGACUCGAGGCCCUGUUUAUGCCUCCGUUCGAGAUUCUCUUCUCCGGUGGAUUCGAUCUCGCACAACGUCACGGUCGCUCGUUGGAUCGUUGGUUGCUGGUUAACUUGCAGGAUGAUCUGAACUUUUGCUGCCAGAUGCUUAACCGCGAUCUGUGGUCCGAUGCGCGACUCAAAGAGUUUAUGCGCCGGAAUCUGGUCUUUUGGCAGCAAUCGAACAAGACGAACGAUGGAGCCAAGUUUAAGACAUUCUACAAGGUCCGCUCGGAACCGUACAUUGCCAUGAUUGACCCACGGACGGGCGAAGAGGUGCAAAACUUCUCGACCGCCGAUCUCACGCCGGCCCGAUUCUUGGAGGCCUUGAAAGAGUUUCUCGUGGAACACAAAUCACCGCAAGGCAAAGAGAUUAACGUUAAUAUCGAGCUCAGCGUGGCGGCCGGUCCUUCGACAUCAACGAACGGGCCGAAGCUCGGUUUCGGUGGACCAAAAGCUUCUAGCAGCACCACCAGCACGAGUACCAGUAAGCAACAGUCCACAGGGGACGCGAUGCAGCGGAAAGAUAGUGUAAAGACGAACCCGUGGUCAGCUGUCGAUGAGGAUGAGGACGAAUUUCAGGAAAUCACGGACAGUGACAGUGAUGAUUGUGAGGAAGUGAUCGUACCAGCAGCAGCAGCAUCAGCAUCCAAAGUAUCCGAAUCGCUUCCCAUCAUUGAUGCGGUACCGGCCCAAAUAUCACAUCCCGCUGCCACCGAACCACCUCCAGAAAGGACCGGAAAUGGUACGGAUUAUACCGACGACGCAGUAACUCCCACAAGCGCACAAUGCUCAUCGGUGGCCAUCCUGAGUUCCGAUUCAGAAUCGAGUCUGGCGCCGGAUCAAAAGACGCGUAUUAUGCUGAAAAUGCCGGGCAACGUGACGGAGCGGCUGUUCUUCCGUAGCUCUCGAACACUGCAACACGCAAUGGCGAAGCUGUUGCAAAGGUACAAGCGUCAUUUCUCCGAUCGCGCCACCGAUACUACGGAUGUGCGGUUCUUUUGUCAGGCGAUCAAGGCUGACCUGGCGUCGCUGGAUCCGCAGCAGACGCUGCUCGAACUCAAGAUUCAUCCGAACGCUGUAAUUCACGUGACAACGGAUGAUUAGGCCGCGAACGCCAAUUGUAAAUGAUUCAAUGUUUUGUGUUUAGCAACCUAUAUCGAGAUUAAGCAGUUGAUGUAUCUUUCAUCCCAGAAAAGGAAAAUGAAUCGUUUUUCAGUGAAAUGGCGAAUGAGGACUUGUUAUUAUGAUCUAGCUAACACCAUCCGAAAACACACCGAUUGGCUAUUUUCAGAAAGUAAGUUUGGAUGUGGGAAGCUCGAUCAGAUCGGUCGCCUGAUCAGUCGAAUCAAAAAUCGAACAGCCAAAAGAA